CCGUACUGACCUACUCAGACUUGAUUUUUGUGGGUAUCUUCUAGCUUCAAGUGGGGAAAAAAUGAGCAAGCAGCCAGGGAUCUAUUCUGAUAUUGGCAAAGAUGCAACAGAUCUUCUAUAUGGAGAUUAUAACAUGCAGCCGCCAAUUUGCUAUCACUUCAAUUGGUUAGAUUGGAGCUUAAACCUCAGCGGUGGAGUUAGAGCCAGUGUACCUGGACAGGAAAUAAGGACACUUCUCAAGUUCUAUUUACCAUAUCAGAGGUCUAAUAAGGUGGAAUUGCAGUACUUGCGUGAUUAUUUUGGGUAUACAGCAGGCAUCAGUUUGACAAAAAGCCCCCUGAUAAGUUUUUCUGGUGUCAUUGGAAAUGGUUUUUUCAACACUGGAGCAGAUAUCUCAAUUGAUGCAGAAACUGAUAUACUGGCCAAAUGCGAUGCUGGUUUGAGCUUCAAUACUGACAUUCUCACCGCUUCACUCACCUUGAGCGAUAAAGCUGACACCUUGAGAGCUCAUGCUUACCGUCAAAUUCAACCCUUAACACACACAGGAAUUGCAGCGGAGCUAAUGCAUCAAUUCUCCAGCAAACAAACGACUCUUACCCUGGGAGCCCAGCAUUCCCCGUUUCCUUUUAUGCUGAUUAAAGCUCGAGCUGCAAGUGAUGGCAGUUUGGCUACUCUUUUUCAACACGAUCUUCUUUCAAGAUUCUGUCUGACAAUUGGAGCAGAGAUGAAUGUCAUGGAUGCCAUGAGCACUGCUACACUGGGGGUUUCGCUCUCCCUUAAGGUCUGAGUUACAACCAGUGGCGAAGCCAGGAAAUUCAAUAAGGGUGUUCAAAUUUUGAACACCCUUUGCCAGUGGGCUAUGCAAGGGCGUUCAAAGUCUAUUUUUUAAUCAAUAACAAGUACUAAUAUUUUAGCUUAUACGUAGUAUAAUUUUUAGGCGAAUGGUGUUUAGUUGACCACCCUUGGGCCAACAUAGCUUCGCCCCUGGUCACAGCAAAGACAACAACAGUCUGUCUCAGGGGCAUAUUAUCUUCGAGGAUUUCCUAUAUAUGACCUAUUAAUGCAAACAAAGUCCCACAUUCUAGAAUCACUCUGUACUUGUUAUCAACUGCAUGUUUGAAGACUAUAAACUCUUAAGCAUGAAAAUGGUUGACGCUAUAAAAGGUGUACUGGAAACUAGUUGCUAAUGGUAAUACUACAUGCCAAGGUUUCUCUCC